GUUUAAGAAGGAAAACAAAGCAAAAUGGUGGUCUCAAAUCACUAUAUUGUUUAGUAAAAGGACCAAUGUGUCAAGUCCUAAAAAAAUACCUUCGAUUUGCCCCAAAUCGUCUCUUCUCUCCCACUUUGAGCAAUGAUUGCGUUAUUCUGAUUCUUCCAAUUUCAUUGAAAAAAAAAAUUGUUCACUAGAUUAUAUAAUUUAGUAUUUAAUAUCCUCAGAUUCUCCUAAUUUGUGAAUGGAAAGAAUCUGAUAAUUAUCAUGAGGAAAAAACUUGAUACUCGCUUCCCUGCGGCCCGGAUCAAGAAAAUUAUGCAAGCUGAUGAGGAUGUUGGUAAGAUUGCAAUGGCAGUGCCUGUUCUAGUGUCAAAAGCCUUGGAGUUAUUUUUACAAGACCUUUGUGACCGGACAUAUGACAUAACUCUUAGAAGAGGAGCAAAGACUGUUAAUUCACUGCACUUAAAGCACUGUGUACAAAGCUACAACGUGUUUGACUUUCUUCGGGAAGUUGUCAGCAAGGUUCCUGAUUAUGGCCAUUCUGAUGCUGCCGGUGAAAUGCCAAAAAGAAGGAAAGUUGCAACAGAAGAGCAUCAUGACAGUGAGGAUGAAUACAAAAGAAGCAGGACGGAGAUGUGUCAUGCUAGCAGUAGUGGUAGGGGAAGAGGUAGGGGUAGAGGAAGAGGUCGUGGUCGGGUAAGCCGUGCUGAUAGGGAGCUCGCACGCCCUGAUAUGCAACUCGAAUCCUGCACAUCUGUUCCGCAGAGUGGUCAGCAAAAUCCAAAUCCUGUGACUCAGACAGAGAACUGCGUGGAACCAAAGGAAUCACCUAAACAGGAUUCCACUACAAGGAAAUUCUAA